AUGAGGUUGGACGACUGGGUGCUGUGUCGAGUUAGGCAAAAGAACAGCAUCCCCAGAAACACAUGGGAAGAUCAAAAUAUUCCUAGUUGUGCACCCACCAGCUUCUUCCCAAAAGUGCAUGAGCUACUUCAAACGAACACCAACCCCAACAUUGAGAUGGUCAGGAAUUAUUUCUCCAACGAUUGCCCGAUGUUGCCUUACAUCUUUUCUCCCCAGGAUUUUCCAUGCUCUGGAAGACCCUCGAGCAUAAACGUCCCAAGUAGUGAUGAAUCUUGUUCUUUUGACAAUUUGUUAAUCCCACAGGAAAGAAAACAUGUGGAAAGAAAUCAACAGCGGGAGAUUUAUUAUCAACAGAGCAAGAAGCUUAGAACAAAGGCAGAUGUUGAGGAGGAUGCCAUAUCUAUCAGAAACGAUGGCACUGAUGAGAAUUUCUGUGGAAUAGAUCAGUCUCAAGGUGGCAAUUUCAGUGCUGAGCAAUGGAAUUCUCUUGUUCAAUAUCAAGAGUUUAAUCACCUAGCCUUCACAGGAAAUGAUAAAAUAUCCAAGCACCGGUAG